CCAGCUCAUUCAUUACUUUGAGUUUAUUUGCAGACUUUUAUUGCCACAAGCUGAAAUACAGAUUUAAACCUUUUCUCACAGAUGAGGUGUUUAGCACUGCAAGCAGAAUUGGUCUAUAAAUGGUGCUGUGUCAUUCACAUAUAAGCCACUUUGAAUUUUAUGAUCCUGCCCCUCGCACCCAGUCUCUGAGUGAGAGAUCUGAUUUCUGAUUGAGACUCGAGCUCAGAGACAUAUGUUAUAACUUGACUAUGUACACUUGUAAUUUUUGCAUGGCUGUCUGUUAAUGCAUGCACUGGAUUAAUAGACUUGAGCUAUGGUAGAAGUGAUGCAUAAAUAUUACUGGAUUCACACUGAUAAGAUUGCAGGUGUGCCAGCGAUGGAAAAGUGACAGUUUUCACUGAUUCACAUUCAUAUAGUAUGCGUUUAAUGGAAAGGAGUUUUAAUAGCUUUUAGACAAUGCUUACCCCAUACCUUAGUAAUAAAAACCCUGUUAAUUCUGUGCUUUUCAAAGAUUAGCUAGGGAAUAGAAAUCAGAACUGAAUGGGUUACGUUUGGGUUGUUCUUCUCAUGCUGUUUGCUUGUUCUCAUUUUACACAGGAAUAAGUGAACCACUGUGCCAUUCUCUCUGGCAGUAGCCCCUGUUUCCUUUGUGCCCUGUGGUAAUCUUGUCCCAAAAAACAUCCAAUAAGCCCUCUAUCCCCAGCUCCUAAAAUGACCUGCAAUCCUUCAGUGCAACUCUGAGCUCUUAAAGCCCCUCAUUUAAUCUCCCAUCCAAUAAACUUUCGAGACCAGCAUACCCAUUACAGGUUGCAUGAGGUCAGCGAUGUUUGAACCAAUGGCUGCCCUUGUAAAUAACAUAAAGCAGCAGUUCUGACUUGUUCUGCUUGUGUUGUUUUGGAAUCUUCUAUGUUCCAAAGAACAACAGUUUAAUCCUCAUAUUUUUAUUUAUUUAUCUUCUUGUAUGAUGGCCAUUUUUAAUCACAGUGCUGAUAAGAGUGGAGCUCAAAGGAUCAAUCGAAAUUACUUCCUUUCAAGAUUAACUGUAAUCACUGUAGUUUUUAACCUAACCUCUUCUUCUGUAUGCUAAUGAGCAUUUCCAUUCAUUAAGAGAGUUUAUAAGGAUGUAUAGAUGGCUCAUUCCAGUCCUUUUCUAUCACUGCUUCCUUUCUUAAUGCUCUUAGUUUGUGGGCUACAUGUCUUGGGUCAGCAAGGGCAAAGCUUAGUUUUCAUGGCAGCGAUUCAGCCUGCGCUUGAACAAUUGACAAUUAAACAAGAAUACUGAGGUAGGAGAGAGGGAAGGGGGGAAAAAAUGAAAGGAAGGGAAAACAAUUCAUUGCAUUGUGUUGUUGGCACAUGGGCAGAGCGGUUUAGGCUGGUUUACAGAAAAGGAAAGGCUAAAAAGAGGCAGAGGGCAAGAGGUGCAGCCACUGAAAUGAUCAUUGAAAGAUGAAAGAUGUCCCGUCAAUGCACAAGGCCCUGAAUCAAACACGCACUGUACUUGGCAGUUCGUCCCACACACACACGUGGCAAUGUUGAAGAAGGAAAAGAGUGGGGAGAGCAGUGAGCGCUGUGUGAAAAAGAUCCAGUUUGCAGACCAGAAACAGGAGUUCAACAAGCGUCCCUCCAAGAUCGGACGGCGCUCUCUGUCCCGCUCCAUCUCCCAGUCCUCCACAGACAGCUACAGCUCAGCGGCAUCAUACACGGACAGCUCUGAUGACGAGACAUCUCCUCGUGACAAACAGCAGAAAAACUCCAAGGGCAACGGCGACUUCUGCAUCAAAAACAUCAAACAGGCCGACUUCGGCCGCAGAGAGAUCGAGAUAGCUGAGCAAGAGAUGCCAGCACUGAUGGCUCUGAGGAAGCGAGCCCAGGGGGAAAAACCCCUCGCUGGUGCCAAGAUUGUGGGCUGCACCCACAUCACUGCCCAGACUGCUGUGCUGAUGGAGACUCUGUCAGCUCUGGGCGCUCAGUGCAGAUGGGCAGCAUGCAACAUCUACUCCACCCAGAAUGAGGUGGCAGCUGCCCUGGCAGAGGGAGGUUUCAGUGUAUUUGCGUGGAAGGGAGAAUCAGAGGACGACUUCUGGUGGUGCAUCGACCGCUGUGUCAAUGUGGAAGGCUGGCAGCCCAACAUGAUCUUGGAUGACGGUGGUGACCUGACUCACUGGAUUUAUAAAAAAUAUCCCAGCAUGUUCAAGAAGAUCAAGGGCAUAGUAGAGGAGAGCGUUACUGGUGUGCACAGGUUAUAUCAGCUGUCCAAGGCCGGGAAACUCUGCGUUCCAGCCAUGAAUGUCAACGAUUCAGUCACCAAGCAGAAAUUUGACAACCUGUACUGCUGCAGAGAGUCCAUCUUAGACGGCCUGAAGAGGACUACUGAUGUCAUGUUUGGAGGCAAACAGGUGGUGGUGUGUGGAUAUGGAGAGGUUGGAAAAGGCUGCUGCGCUGCCCUCAAAGCAAUGGGCUCCAUCGUCUACGUCACAGAGAUCGACCCCAUCUGUGCCUUGCAGGCCUGCAUGGACGGCUUCAGGCUGGUGAAACUCACCGAAGUCAUCAGACAAGUGGAUAUCGUCAUUACCUGCACAGGCAAUAAGAACGUUGUGGUGAGAGAGAACCUCGACCGCAUGAAGAACGGCUGCAUCGUCUGCAACAUGGGACAUUCCAACACUGAGAUCGAUGUGGCAAGUCUGCGGACUCCUGAACUCACCUGGGAGAGAGUGCGCUCUCAGGUGGACCACGUAAUCUGGCCUGAUGGAAAGAGGAUAGUCCUGCUGGCAGAGGGUCGUCUGCUGAACCUCAGCUGUUCCACUGUGCCCACUUUCGUUCUCUCAAUCACUGCCACCACUCAGGCACUGGCACUGAUAGAGCUUUACAAUGCCCCCGAAGGACGGUACAAACAGGAUGUUUACCUGCUGCCCAAGAAGAUGGAUGAGUAUGUGGCCAGCCUGCAUCUCCCAACAUUUGAUGCGCAUCUUACAGAGCUGAGUGACGAGCAGGCCAAGUACCUGGGCUUAAACAAGAACGGGCCCUUUAAGCCAAAUUACUAUAGGUAUUAGCCAAGUGUUGUGGGAAGAAGAACUCCGUGAAUCAUACAGACUGGUAGCGGAGGACAGGAGGGAGGACACAACAGCCAAUACACCUGCUUUAUAUGUAAGGGAGAAGGGGGCGGAGCUCUGAACGAGCCUGCAGGGUGGGGGAGGGGAGGGGCGUGGCUUUCCCUGCUUAUGGCAGUCGUUUUAUUUAUCCCCCGCCUGAUAACAGUAAUAAUAACAAUAAUAACAUUAACUACACCUCGGAGCUGCUCCUGCCAUUGACCUCGAGCUAGCUCCCAAACCCCGUCUCCCGCUCACUCGUCUUUACAUCAUUUCCACCUGGUCCUCUUCAGACGCUCAUUUGUAUGUCGAGUCGUAUGUAAACCUCCAUCCUCCCUUCCACGUUGCCAGAUCUUUUAUCGUUUAUCUGUUAAAUAUGAAAUUACUGAAGCUAAAGAUAUAUACUAUAUUAAAAAAAAAUCUUGAUUUAAAAAAA